UGCCGCCAUGAUCCACGACUAAUCCGUUUGCAAGGAUAGAAACCAAGGGUCUUACUUUUCUAGAACGCCCACUCGCGCGCUAAUUGACUGCAUCUUUUCUUUUUGGGCCGAAACGUAUGCGUCGUGGUAUCUGUCUUGAUUGAUUGGAACGACGUGUAGUCAGCUGGAGCGACACACCGAUUAAUUACAGGAGCUGAGAAACGCCAACGACUGUAUUUGAAGAAGAGAGGACUACACAGUAUCCGGAAAGCAAUCCGACACGUCUCUUCACCUGUUACACCCACAAAACGUAUCGUGCCAUAAACCAAGGUCCUGGCAAACAUCUACUGCCAUGGAGUCCACGUCCUACCAAGCCGACGCUCUCCCAGCUUCGCCGCUACUCCGUCUUCCUUUCGAGAUCCGUCUCAUGAUAUACGAGUACCUACUCCUACCAUCGACGACGCCCACGACCGGAAACGGAACCUCAGUCGCGAACCUAAUUCCCGACUUCCAUACCUACCUCUCCGAAGAUACGAACAAUGAUCCAUGUACCUUGAGCGUACGCACUAUGGAUCCAUGGUUGGGAGUGCAAGGUCCAAGGACAUGGAGACGGAGGAGUACAUACCAUAUUAGAACCGGGCCCUUUCUAACAACCACAACACCAACAACGUACCGCGUCCUCCUCUCCCCCUACACAUCGCACCUCCGCCACACCGUCCCCUCCCUGCUAUCUCUAAACCACCAAAUCCACGCCGAAGCAAGCAAAAUCCUCUACUCGACCUACACAUUCUCCUUCCACACCAGCAUCGAAGCUGCAGUACCCUUCCUUUCCGACCUUACACCCCGAAGCCGUGCCGCUCUACGCCAUCUCAGCGUGACGAAGAAAGCGCUACCAUAUAGCAAAGAGUUUGACCGCGCGGAAUGGGCAAGUCUAUGCGACUACCUUGCUACACCGCCGCAGUCUGCUCUCGACGGAACCGAGAUUCCUGCGCCUGUUUCCCUGCGCAGCCUUACUCUGAACGUCAUAUCUGGCAAGCCUGAUCAUGGCUGGGAGUCCAUAACGCCCAUCCUGCCCAGUGACUUUGACACCAUGCUGCGUAUGAAGAACGAGUGGCUUGGUGGUCCGCUUGGUGGUGGUGGUGGUGAUUUCGGGGGCAUGGAUUUAGAGUGGGCGGAACAGGUUAUGGCGAUCAAGGGACUGGAGAGCAUCAACGUGAAGGCGAUGGUGGAGAGGUGUGCUAAUCCUGUGAGUGAGAAACAGGCGUUUUGGAUUGCGUUUAGUAAGAGUGUUGCUGAGGGGGGUUUUGGGGAGUGGAUGACUAGGAGGAUGGUGGUUUAGGGAUACAAACUGGUUGAUUCCUUUCUUGUUUGAAUGAAGAGCGCUAAAGCGAGCGAUGGUAGGUAUGGUCUCAUUGGUGUUUACUAUACAUAGCCAAUGGAUCUUUUGGCCCCCACACCAAGCCCCCCACCACACAUCUAGGAUUCACCUGGUGCAGUAUUUUCGUCAUGCUGCAGACGUAUGGCACGUUACUCAGCCUUGUUGACUUGGCAUAUCUGUCGUCCCCUU